AUGCAGUUUCGUUUCAUUGUCAAGGCAUGCCUCCUGGCGGCUUCUCUGACGCAGGCUGCGCCUGCCAGUACCGGGUCUCAAGAGGUGUCUAGCAGUGAACAUGAUGUCAGAGCAACAACAAGCAGGCUGGUGUUCUGCCAUUUUAUGAUUGGUAUCGUUGGCGAUAGAACCAGUGCCGCAGACUACGAUGCGGACAUGAAACGGGCAAAGUCUUUGGGUAUCGAUGCCUUUGCCCUUAAUAUUGGUGUCGAUCCAUACACAGACACGCAGCUUGGCUAUGCCUAUGAGUCUGCGGCCAACAAUGGAAUGAAUGUGUUCAUCUCCUUUGACUUCAACUGGUACCAUGCCUCUUCAGACGCGGCAGCAGUUGGCCAGAUGAUAGCCAAGUACGGGAAACUCGCUGCACAGCUCAAGGUAGACAAUAAAGUCUUCGCUUCGUCAUUUGCUGGUGACGGUCUUGAUGUUGCAGCCAUGAGGUCUGCCGCGGGUGUAGAUGUUUUCUGGGCUCCGAACUUCCACCCUGAGCAGACAUCUAGUCCCGCCAACAUCGACGGUGCUCUUAACUGGAUGGCCUGGGAUAACAAUGGUAACAACAAGGCUCCUACAGCUGGAGCCAACAUCACCGUCCAAGCCGGAGACGACAACUACAAGAAGUGGCUGGGUUCCAAGCCCCUGAUAGCACCAGUCUCUCCUUGGUUCAGCACACACUUCGGACCUGAGGUUUCCUACAGCAAAAACUGGGUCUUUCCAGGUGAUCUCCUGUGGUACCGCCGUUGGAAUGAGAUUCUGUCCACUGGCCCCCAGUUCCUUGAGAUCAUUACCUGGAAUGACUACGGUGAAUCGCACUACAUUGGACCUCUGUCAUCGAAGCAUUGGGACGACAACAGCUCGAAGUUCGUUAACGAUAUGCCACACGACGCCAACAAUGACAGCGGUAAUUACUUCAUGGGUAGACCAAACGGCUACGAAUCAAUGCAGGAUGCUGUCUUUAUCGUGUCGCUCCUCACCUCUGCCGGGACAGUCACCGUCACUUCGGGCAAGAACUCGCAGACCUUUAAUGCCCCAGCAGGAGCGGCUGCAUUCCAGGUGCCCAUGGCGGUAGGCAAGCAGACAUUCUCUCUCAGCCGCAACUCAAAGGUAGUCAUGAGCUCGACAUCUUUGAAGGACAUCUCAGAGAUCUGCAUAUGUGGCAUCUAUAACUUCAACGCAUAUGUUGGCACUGUGCCCGAUGGCUUCUCUGAUCCGCUUGGAACAGAUGCCAUCUUUGGGCACAGCGACUGGAGGCGGAUCAACGCCAACAACAACCGGAGCCGGUGGCAGUUCGCCCUCCACAACGACCUCAAAAGCAUCAGUCGGGGCCACAACGACCGCCGCGCCGUCAAGCACACUGAAGAGCACAACAUCCAAGGCCCCGACCCAGACUAG